UGUCUGUAGGAUGCUCUUCUUGGGUUCCGGGAAAUACACUUGAACAUUUCCAGAAACUACGAAUGUUCACUGAGAGACUGGGUCAGGGUUUUCCUGCGUUUAACUAAAGAAUAGCACCCCAUGAUGUUCACUGUACAACACAAACUGGUGUGCACUGAAUAAAGGAACUCAUGACUAGAAAAAGACUUACCUUUAUGUCUGCAUGUUUGUUCAUUUUGUUGUGGUUAAUCUUGUAGAAAAGAGAAAAAAAGAUAUAAAAAUAGUGUGAUUUAACUCUUAUGUGACUUUAUUGAGAUUUUAAGGCUUGUGUUUAUUUAAUUUGGCACAGUUUGCAAAGAGGUCUAAUUUAAGACCUAUGUAUUGAACAGAAACAGGAUCCAUUUUACAAGCUGUCUUAUAAGGGAAAGGAGGAUAUUGUGACCUGGAAUCAGCCCAAGCCUGUGGACUACCAGCGUUAUAUGCCGAGGACUGGUGGUGUUAUCGCAUGUAACAUGUAUGUUUUACAUACUCAUCACCUGCGUUUGUCAAUCAUCUUGGAACCUUUCCCAGCGAGGAACAGCGGCGCCGCAAUGCCAUUGGUCGAGCAGGAGGGCGAGGGGCGGGACUAGAGCUGACGCCGUCUGUGAUUGGACGAGGAGCGCGUGGAUCAUGCAAGUUCAGGAGGCACUUUGUAAGUUCCCAAGUUGGAUGGUGAGACUCAGAAGUGUCUGCUGUAUCUGUGACAGGCUGUGGGGGUCUGAAGUAAAGCGACGGAACACGGAGACAGGCAAAGCCUCUAGGGGGCCAUGUCUGGCGGCAGCAGUGCUAACAACAGCUGGACCAUCCUCACUUCUGAGAGAGGCAAACUAGCUUAAGAGGCUCUGGCAUGAUGGAGACUGUUGCUGAAACCCUGAGGCCUCUGGCAGAGGGGACAGAGCACCAUGAGGAAGGCCUUACAUGUGCAGCAGGUUUUGGGGAGAACCCGCCUGCAAAUGGUGCAGAGCCUGCAGAGGGGCUCCCUGUGGAGGGCCACCUGGUAGCAGAGGACAAAACAGCAGAGCUAAGUGAAGACACGAGCACAGAGCAACACACCGCCGAGCCCAUCACCGUCACUGAUGCCUCUGUUCCCACCUCUUUGGAAGUCCCUGACAGCUUUGUCCCUGGCAGUGAUGCACUCAGCCAGUCAGAGGGCCUACCUGAGGGCCCGGCACAGUCCAGCUCUGACCCUGAUUCAUUUUCUGACUCCUACACCCACAUAACCCCCUCCCCUGAUGAGCCCCCAGCCUCAACGCUGAGCACAGAGACUCUGGGAGGGGUGGAGUUAACGCAGGACGAAGAGAGGCACACGCAGGAUGGGGCACUGCAUCAGCUAAAUGGGAAGGAGCACCAACAGGAAGGGGAGGAGCCUGACCUGUUUCCAAGGACUGACUCAGGUAAACAGGCAGACUCCCCUGUGGAUUCAGAGGUGGCUGAGGAGAGGACUGAGAAGACGGGAGAGGAGGCAGAGCCAGAGGUGAGGAGAAGGAGGUCUCUCCUAGCAGCUCUGGAGCGGAUCGGAAGGACAGAGGAGGAAGAGGAAGGAGAGGAAGAGUUUCAGCUGCCACAGCGGGAGGAAGACAGCGGGUUCUCUGUGAACAAGUGCAUCCUGGGUGCUGUCAUCCUGGUGGGCCUUGGCACCAUCUUUUUCUCAGGUAUCUUCAUGGACCUGGAUGAGGAGAGUGACUAUGGUACAGUGGACCUGAAGGAUGCAGAGGUACCAGGAAAACAGGAGUGGCUUAAUCCAGAGGUUCCUCCGCCCGCAGUAGAUGCUGACAGUACAGAGCUUCUAAAUAAGUUAGCCAAAGGGAACCAGCAGAUUUCUGUGCUAGAAGCCCAACUUCAGGCACAGAACGAAGAGCUAAAAGUAGCCAAGGGACAGGCAGCAGAGGGAGCAAAGGAGCGUCUGCGGUGGGAGGAGGUGGAGAAGGAAAACAGUAGGUUGAAGAAAGAGAUGGCAUCUCUCCCUGUCCUUCAGAAAGAGAACGAGAGGAUGAAGAGAGAGCUGGAGUCUGUCCCGGCCCUACAGAAAGAACUAGAAACACUGAGAUCCACUGUGACUGAAUUAAAACUCUCCUCAGCAGCCAGUGAAGCAGCUCAAGCACCUGUAAAGGCCACCACAUCGCCCUCCGGUGGCCAGCCAGAGGACAGCAAGCAGGGCACAGCUGGAUCUACAGAAAGCCAGACUAAGCAGCCAUGGGAUGACCAGAGGGGGAAGAAGAAAGAUGUGAAGAAGGAUAAAAUUGGCGAGAAGGAGUGGAAAGAGAGAGAGAAAUCUGAUUUGAAGGAAGGGGAGAAAAAGGAUCGGAAAGAUGGCGGUAAAACAGAAUGGAAAAAGGGAAAACAUGAGCAAGGAAAGUUUGAUAAGGAGAAAGAUAAGGAAGGUAAGCAAUGGAAGGAGAAAGAGUUGAAGAAAGACAAGGCUAGCAGAGGUGAUAGUGGAAAGCCAUGGAAGGAUAGGGAAGGAAAGAAAGAGUGGAUAGAGAAGAGUGAGAGAAAAGAAAGAAAGCAGGAGAAAGACUGGAACAGGGCAAAGCAUGAGAAAGUGAAUGGGGGCAAACAAUGGAGGGGUAAGGAGGAGGGGAAGGAUUGGAAGGUAGGAAAAGACCGUGGAGAGAAGCACAAAGGCAAGGAGGAACUGAAGGGAGAGAAGGAGUGGAGGAAGGGCCAAGAUGGCUUCAAGGAAAGUAGCAAAGAGAAAUGGGAAAGGAAAGAAAAAGGAAAGAAGAAAGACGGUAACUGGAAGAAUAAAAAUGGCAAAGAUUAUGGUAAGGAAUGGAAAGGAAAGGGAGAAAGAAAACUGUGGGAAGACAGCAAAAAUCACGGUAAAGAAAGGAAAGUGAGGGAUGAGAGGAAACAGUGGAACGAGCAUGAGCGGAAGAGUAAAAAUGGCAGAGAUGAAAAGGAGUCGAGUAAGACAGACGAGAGGAAACAGUGGGAAAAGAAAGAACAGUGGAAGAGAGGAGGAGAGAAAGACAAAAAUCACAAAGGAGAGUGGAAAAAGGACAAAUCAAGCCCCCAGAAACACAAAGGUGAGCACAGAUUUAAUGUCCACAAGGAAGAGCACCUGUGGGGAGACGGGAAGCCGCCUCACACACACAGCCGACACUCCCUGGACCAGCCUGAGUACUGGACCCAGCAGAGAGAACGCCUUCAACACAACCCCAAACCACCACAGCAGUGUGACUCACUGGAGACCUGCGCUCAAGCUGAGGGUCUGCUCCCUGUUUCUCUGCCCGAGUUUGAGGCCAUCCUCCAAACGUACCUAGCCAAGGCAGAGGGGGCGGGAGUGGAUGACUCCAAAAGAGAGGAGCUCAAAAAGCUAGCCACCGAAUUCUUCAAGGACGGAGUCUUUGUCCACGACCAGAUGAGCUUUCAGGAGUUCGUCGAAGAUUUGGAAGAUAUCUUGGAAGACAUGGUGGAAGACGACGACGACGGGGACGAUGAGGAUAGCGCCAUAGAGGAUGAAAUGGAAGAGUUUGAAAAAGAAGUCAUGAAAAAGUUUUCGGCGCCAGGAGCGGUAGAGAAAGAGGAGAGAUCCAAAGGGGAGUGGAGGAAGGAGAGCGGACGAGGACGUGGCUGAUGAUGUGACACAAUUGAUGGAUCUGUCAAAAGUAGCUUAAGAGCAGUCAUGACGGAUGAGAGGUUAUUCAAAGGGAACAUUUUAUAUUGGACCACAAAUGCUUACAAGUAUACAUUUAUCAUCCUGUCACACCUUUUUACGGGAUCUUAUUUUACCCCUUACAUUUGUUGUCCAAGAAGUUCAGCUUGUAAUUUGAUUUCACCUUUUUUGGGGUUGUUUUGUAUUUUUCACGCACAUGCACACACUAGUACUUAAUAAUGGAGGAAGUCCUUGCAUCUUGAAUGGACAUAAGAGAGAAGAUGCUACUGAUAAUAAUGAAGCACAAUGCAUACAUUACGUAGUUUUUGUGUGCUCUAUAAUCAAGUGUUCAAUCCAUAGAAAACCCCACACAUUUUUUAUUCACCUGCAGCUAAUGUAAUCUGUUGGUGUGAAAGUCAUUUCUGCACACACUGCUACUUUUUUCCUUUUGCAUAAGGGAGAUUAAACCUGUUAGAUUGAGUUGGAUGUUACUCUGCUUUGACUUUCAUGCAGGAAUAGAUACUGUAAAGUCUUAUCGAGACACUGCACCUCUUCCUCUGCAAACUGCACUCUGCACUGAUGAAGUCUACCUUUUUUCACUGAUCAUACAUUGUACCUAGAGAAUGCCAUCUUUAUGUAUUAAUUUCUUUAGCCUAGCUCUUAAUGUCAGAUUACCUUUAAAUCAUUAGUGCUUAGAAAGGGUGGCGUGAAAUGCUGAAAAAGGUUUAGUGGACAUUUUGUGUAAAAUUAGCUAUGAUUUUCUUUGUUUUGAUUGUUUGUACAUAUUGAAUUAAAUGUGUUUAAGAAUUAUGCUGACAUGCAGACACAUAUAAUUAACUUAUUUUAUAGAGGUGGGCGUAAUAUAGAUACAAAUAUAAUUGGUUGGCACAUAAUAUAUCGACAUGUUGAGCAUGUAUGUUUCAUUUCAGGUACGGAGCUUAUGUUGUGCACUAAAAUGUCCUUAAUUUUUUGUUUGGUUAUGAACGUAACAUUUGUUUUUAUCGGUUAGGUUUGUCGUGGCGCUGAGGUCAUGGCACGUAGUUUCCAAAAAAAAAAAAAUAUGGCUAACUUAUUAAAUGUUGUUGAUUGAAGGGCCUGCAGCCACACAGUGAGUGUUUUUCAAAGGGCGUCGAUGAAGAAGCGCAUAGUGGCAGCUUAGAGAGCUUUGUACGUUAGGAUGUUCAUAUUUUGCCCUGUUACUGUCACAAGAGCAGAAUAAUAAAUUGGGUUCAUCCCUGUGAUGAAAUAG